AUGUCGGGGCGCGGAGUGUGGCUGCGGGCGCGGGCGCGGCUGCGGCGCUUCCCGGCCGCACUGGCGGCCUGCGGGGACCAGGCCGCGGCCUACGGGCGGUGCGUGGCGGCGGCGGCGGCGGGGCCGGCGGAGCUGCGGCGGGACGCGUGUCUGGAGGAGUUCCAGGCGCUGCGGGAAUGCUUCGCCCGGGCGGCAAAGGCGACACCGAAAUGACCUCGGGGCCGCCCCCGUCUGGAGACGCUCGGGGGCAAUAAAACCCUCAAAGCCACCGGUUUGUCCUCAAAUGACGGAAUCCCCCGCUCCCGGAGCUGCCCACCCCCUGCCCGGCCCCGGAGGAGGUGCAGCCCCGGGCUGGGUGAGGCUCACACAUCUAUUUUUAUUUAUUAAAAAAAAAGAAUUCAGAUCA